CCCCCCCCACCGCCUUCGCUUUCCUCGACGUGGAGAGCACUGCUGACAUCUGUCGACUUGUAUUGUGCGCCAAUCGGACACAUUUGGUUACCGCAUAGCCGCCGUAGGAGGGAUUUCAAGUUCUUCAUUUCGAACGUUUUUCUUAGGGUCGCUUCGAUCCUACAAAAAGGAAGAACGCCGAGCAUUUCAUGAACACUGACUACAGGGGAAGCAUCUGCAUGCCUUCCCUUUGCACGACUGAAGACCUUAAUUUCCUUGCUCGAUCGGUUCUGGGCAUUUAUGGUGCAAAUGCUACCGUGGCAGACUGCAGAACGGAUGACCCGAAGCCAAUAACGAGGCUCCAAGCGGCUGCAAUCGCAAUGAUUGGAGCGUUCCUUGUCCUCGUCGCCAUCGGCACGGCUCUGGAUUGGCAUCUCAUCAAGACUGCAAGUACAAAGAAAGUACAAUAUUCUGUCAUCGAGAUCGCCCGCCUGAGUGAAUGGGGAACAUUUAUCUUUAUCCCCAAUGGGUUUUUGAGUGUAGUCACCUUCUUCUUCUUAAGCGGAUUUGUUUUGUCGUACAAUUCAGCUGCUGCCCGCAAGACAAAUUUGAAGGCUAACUCGUUCCUCUUCUUCCUCGAUCGAAUUCUGAGACGUUACGUCAGGUUGACGUUUCCAAUGAUGUUCGUCAUGCUGGUAGCAUUCCUGCUCCCCCUUAUGGGCUCCGGGCCGGCAGACAAGGAAACCUACGAGAUGAUGGUCCAAGAGUGCGCUACAAGUUGGUGGAGAGUGUUGACUCAUAACAACAACUUUCUACAGGACCGCGCAAUGUGUCUGCAGCAUUUUUGGUACGUUGGGGCCGACAUGCAGAUAUUUGUGAUCAUCGCAUUACCCCUGACCAUGCUCAUGAUUAGGUUUCCAAAGAUUUCGUGCGCUGUCGGAAUUGUGGCGGUUGUGGCUUUUUCAACUUUGACAUGCGUUCAGAUACAUUUGUGGGACCAGCUUUAUGCCUUCAAUUUUGGAACUUUUGACACUGUAAAAUUGUCGGAGGCACUGAGUUUGAUCUACUUCCGCCCGUUCACGCAUGUGGGCUCGUACGUUUUAGGCAUUUUGUGCGGCUACUCAGCCUUCGUUCACAAGGAGGCGCAUAUUCAUUGGCUGGUGCAGAACAUUCUGUGGCUUGUAUCUUUUGCCUUAUGGACUUUCGUCAUUUUCGUCACGUAUCCGUGGAACAAUGGAACUACACCAGACGACGUCACUGCCGCACUUUUUGGAGGGUUCCACCGCACGCUCUGGGCGCUCGCGUGCUUUUGGCCUUCGUACGCAUGCGCCACUGGCCGAGGAGGCCUCUUGUACAAGUUUCUCGGCUGGAACCUCUUCGUGACAUUGUCUCGGCUUACUUACUGCAUAUACUUGGUUCAUGGACUCGUUUUCUAUCUCCGUUCGAUGCGAGUCAGAACUCUGAUACAGAUGGAUGAAUUCUUCCAAUUCCUUCUGGCUGCUGGAGUUUUUACUGUGAGCAUCUUCUUCGCCUACUUAGUUCACCUGAUGGUCGAGGCACCCACGCUGCGUUUCGAAAAGAUGAUACUCGAUCGACCAACACGACUGAAGUCAGAAACGAAUGGCAGACACAGAUCCGAAGACAAGUUGGAGAAAUCACAGCUAUGAUCCAAGAAACCACUGGUCCAAUGCUGCAAUGCUCGUUUUUAAUGACAUGCGUGUCAUCC